GAUCAUAGCUCUUGUUGAUCUGACCCAGGUCUGUGGGUGCAUGGAGAUCGCACUGUUCCUUUGCCGCCAGCAGCCUCGGAGGCGCCGCAUAAUCUUGAUUGAUUAGCGCGCUUGCGGGGCUACGAGGACCAUUUCAGCUGCUCCAUGAUUCUCCGCAUCUAUGGUAGUCAGAGCAAAAAGGAGAACGUGGUUAGCUGACGUCCGUGGUUGCUGUCAAGAACCAAUGGCCUUGUGUUGAACAAUAGACUACCAACUUCCAAGUCGAGUAGUUGUACAAUUGGUUGUGGAUACGGUCCAGCAGGCGGCCCAGACGGUAUUCAAUCCCAUACCAACGGAUUGAGACUGUCGUGGCUUGAAUGGCCCGCCCUUGCGCAGCUAUGCGCCAAUCUUCCACAACACUUCGUGGCUCUGCUCUAAUCAGAAACCUCUUUCGUGCUCUCCGGAAUGACCAUUGGCGGUUGCAGACGGAUGAGAGAUGUCUAGAACAUGAUCGGCUGCGGGUAGUAAGCGACUUGGUUUCCCGAAGCAGACGAAAAGUCGAGCAGGUCGAGCACUCCAUGAACCGAUCCCAGCAUCAACCCCGCCCGACGCCUGCGGUUGUCUCUCAGGGAGAUGAACAUGAUUUUGUCCGAAAUCGCCACAAUACUCUGGGACCCGACAGAGAACGAUUCCGUCUGAUUUGUAUCCGCAAGAUCGAAAGAUAUGGCACGGCGUUGGUUCGAUGUCUAGAGAUAACCCAGAACAUCCCAUUCCUGCAACGAGGGGGAAGGCUUGACGCCAGAGUCGUGAGAAUACGAGUUGAACGAGCACUAGGACACCGUUCCAAGUCGCGCAGACAAUGGACUCAACUGUAUAAAUCACGCAGAUUGGUGGCCUGGGAUUCUAGGACAGAUGGGGGCUUCCUUCUUCCGGGUUGGGAUAAGCGGCUAAGAACUGGCCCAGGAGGAUUUUCUCCGGGAACAAUGGUCGUAAUAAUAGUGAAAGCGUCAUGGCACUUCUUGUCCGUAAGACGAUCUCCUGCCAGUGCGUCGUGAGACAGUCCGUAGAUGGCCGCCACGAAGCCCACUAGGAUCCAUCGUACUUCCCCGGUAACGAUUCCGCUCGAGUCAGCGACAAAGUCCACCA